AUGGGGGCUUACAGAUAUAAUCGCAUGAGCUUUGGAGCAGAGAAGGUUAAAUCUUCUUCUUCGGGAGUUCGCCCAUCAGAACGUCGGAAGAGACGGUCGAACAAAGUCUUCAAGAACAGGGAAGAGAUAGAGAACCAAAGGAUGACUCACAUUGCCGUUGAAAGAAAUCGCCGGAGACAGAUGAACCACUACCUCUCUGGCCUCCGGUCCUUGAUGCCACCUUCUUAUUCUCAAAGGGGGGAUCAGGCAUCAAUUGUAGGAGGAGCAAUUAAUUUCGUGAAGGAGCUGGAACAACUCCUCCAAAUCCUAGAAGCUCAUAAGCAAAUUAAGCAACAAUCAAACACUUGUAACUCUUCUCUCUUUGCCAAUUUCUUUACUUUUCCACAAUACUCAACCUGUCCGACUGGCCACAACUCGGUGGUUGCCACCGAGUCGAUGGCUGACAAGUGGUCUCCGGUGGCUGAUAUCGAAGUGAACAUGGUGGAAAAUCAUGCCAACAUCAAAGUACUAUCAAGAAGAAGACCAAAGCAACUCUUGAAGAUGGUUAAUGGCUUUCACUCUAUAAACCUUACUCUCAUGCAUCUCAACAUCUCCACUGUUGAGAAUAUGGUACUCUACUCUUUCAGUGUAAAGGUUGAAGAUGACUGUCAUCUGACUACUGUUAAUGAGAUUGCAACCGCAGUGCAUGAGAUGGUCGCCAUGAUCCAACCAGAGGUGUGA